AUGGCUACUCCCCGCGUCUUGAAUAACACAAUUUUCACGCCCACUCUUUACCAGAGCAUUCGAGACCUCUGGUUCUCCGGGCUCCCAUGGGCUGCCAAAUCCCCCACCGAAGAGGCAACGCAACGCUGGUUCUCCGGCUCCAAAGAAGCCAAGGCCGCCUUUGAUAAACUAUGCCACCUCCACCUCAACCCUGCGAUCUCUUCUAUUUCUCCCUCGAACUUCCCUAUCAAAGGCCUCACCGACGCAGAAAUCGCAGCACCGUUCGUAGCCGAAAUCGAAGCGGCGGAAGGCAGCGGGGAUGCAGAAGCCAAGACAAAAACCGCGUUGAGUUUUAUGAUCUUGUUGGAUCAGAUCCCCCGGAAUCUAUACCGGACCAAAGAAACGCUACCGUUGGUUUACACUCAUUAUGACCCUAUCGCUAUUUCUUUGGCAAGGCAUAUCACCUCGAUGCCUAUUGGUGGUUCGAGCACGAGAUGGGAUCUUUUGCCGGGGAUCAGACAUUCAUUACCAUACCGACAAUGGUUCUACAUGCCCCUCAUGCAUUCCGAGAAUUUGGCGGAUCAUAAAAAUUUCAUCAAUAUCUUAGAGGAAUUAAAAGAAGAAACGAAAGAAGAUGAAGAGAUAGCCGAGUUUAUGAAGACUAUGGAAAUCUUUGAAAAUAUGCAUGUACGGAUUGUGGAAAGAUUCGGUAGAUAUCCACAUCGGAAUGAUGGUUUGGGCAGAGAAUCAACGAACGAAGAAAAAGAGUGGCUAGAGGGAGGCGGUGAGAAAUUUGGAGUCGGCGGUUAA